AUGGCGACGGCCGCUUCCUCCUCCGCUGCCAUCCUGUCCACCAUGAAACAUGUCACAACAAACAAAUGGGACAAGGCAGAGGCUCGUUUAAAGGACAUCAAGGGCCACGUGCGCGAUGCAGAAACGAGCCUAGCAUACAAGCCAGACAAUCCUGAUCAACACCAUCUCGAGGCAGAUGUGGCCCGACUGGUCACGGCCGUUCGAAAGGCGUAUGCGGGAGCGCUUGGCAUGCAGGUCAGAACCCGUGCUGGUCUCAGGGUCAAACGUAGCAUGACAAACUCGGGCAAGAAUUCGGAGUCUCUCGAGACGCGGCUCGACACGAUUGAGCGGAUGCUCUCCAACGCAAAGUACUCGUCGGGCUUUUCUUCGUCAGCGGCCCUGUCCUGGUGCGAUGAACUGCUGGCCUAUCUGCGCCAAUCCCAGCGUCGCAUGGAAUACACCAUGCUGUUUGGAAAAUUGACGAAUGAAUGGGCCGACUUUCGCUUUGGCGAGCUUUCGACCACGAUGGCGUCCGCGAAACAGGGCACGAGCCAGUCGGAGGAUGAAGAUGCCGUGUCUGUCGGCCGGAAAGAAAUGCAUCAGCAGAGGCAAGUCUGGGAAGGCUUGGUCACCAAUCUUCGCACAAGUGACAAGGACAAGAUUGUGGAAUUUCUAGACACUCUUUUCCACGCUGAUCCGCUUCGCAACAACGAGGGCAGCUCCAUCGAGGAGCUGGCAGACUUGCGGACAAGACUGCUGCAAAAGAUGCGCAGCUCCAUCUUCCACAACUGCAAAGGCGCCAUCCACGUCAGCGUGGCCAUAGUCAAGGCCGCCAUCAAAGCGAUCCUCAGCGCCGACCAGCUCACCAGCGAGAAGCGCCGGGCCAUGAUCGACCUUGGCAACAGAGAAAACGUUCUCAGCGAGAUUGCCGACAUCUUGAACAUUGACUUGAAACUCGCCGCCAUGGAGCGGUGGUCCUGGGGCGACGCUCCCAUCAAGGCGCAGAUGCGCAAGGCAAUCAAUGGCAAGUACCGCGUGUACAUGGAUAUUGAACUGCUCGACUCCAUCUUGAUUCACUGCGUAGGGCAGGCCGUCUCGGUGCACAUCAAACAGGCGCUCGAACAAGCAUGGGACCCGACCGUGGCCGACGUCUGGAAAGUCAAGCAAGACGAAGAUCGCACGGCCGCAAUCAAUGCGCACAUUCCCGGUUUUGCGAUCCAGAACGCGGAGAACUCGACCAGGCAACUACGAAACCACAUGUACAAGAACAUCUUCUUUUCGCCCCGACUGCCCACCAGUAUGACGGAUGAGAAUAGCGGAGUUGGACGCUAUGAGGACGAUGACUCGCUUGCCAGCGAGGAGCAAGUUCAGAAAAACUUGACAGAUCUGGAAAACGGUCGGCCGAAUGUUGUCAACCUGAAGACGGACAUUCUCCGCGUCUGCACCGCCGAGAUGGGCAUGCAGAAAAUCGUCCAUGGGCAGUUUUGCCUGCUGCAGAGCGACUUUGAGUGGUUUGGGCCUUCUCUUCCCCAUUCAACUCUCACCACAAUUAUGGAGUACUUCCACUUUCCCAAGGAGCUUGUCCAAUUCACAAAAGCGUUCCUCGACAUGCACAUACAAUUUCAAGACGAUGGCGCCGACGGAGCAGUGCUCACGCGCAAGACCGGGAUUCCAGUGUCUUUCCAGCUUACCGACGGCAUCUCGGAACUGCUCCUCUUUGUCCUAGACUUUGCCGUCAAUCAGAGAACGGGCGGAUCACACCUCUACCGUAACCACGAUGAUCUAUGGUUCUGGGGUCAGCCAUCGCAGUGCGCGGCCGCGUGGGACACGAUGCGCGAAUUCACCCAGGUCAUGGGGCUGCAGCUGAACAAGGACAAGACGGCCUUUGCUCACGCCGUGGACGAGUCCAACCCACGAUUCAAACCUGCUGAGAAGCAGGAGCUGGCUCGCCUUCCCACAGGCAAAGUGAAAUGGGGCUUUCUGCUGUUUGACGAUGCCGAGUGGAAGUGGACGGCGAGCACGGCGGCGAUUGAAGCUCACAUGGACGAGCUGCGCUUUCAGCUCAAGUCACGCACCUCUGUCCUGUCGCACGUGCAAGCGUACAACGCCUACAUGAAGAACUUUUUGCCAAACAAUUUCGGCCCCGUCAUUGUCGGGCUGGGCGACGACCACCCCGUCAUGGUGCUGGAAGCGCUGCAGCACGCGCAAAAGUAUCUCUAUCGGAGUGAUGGUGGCGACGAGUCGGCAGGAAACGUCGCUCAGCAUGUGCGCAAGACGAUCCAGGUGCGUUUUGGCGGCCCCGACGGAGAACAAGUACCAGACUGUUUCUUGUACAUGGGCGUCGAGGACGGGGGCCUCGGCCUGGCCAAUCCGGCGCCUGCUUUUGCGCAGUUCAUCCAGCUGCCCAAGCACGAUCUCCAGGAGGACCAAAAGCCCCUGCCUCCCAUGAAGGAUGCCCUGAAGCAGCUCAAUGCGACUGUGUCGGAAAACUACCGCCACGCGAGCAAGCAGUUUGCCGCCCGGCUCAGCGCGAAGAGACAGAAGCGCAGAAUGGGGCGCGGGGACUCAAAGCGACUCCAAGACGGGGACGAGGAUAGUGACGGUGACGUGCCGGACUUUAUGACGAGCACGGCGGACGGCAAUCCGCAGUUCAUGUCCUUUAGCACCUACAUGGGCACGACCGAGGAGCGGAGCGGCGCCAUGCGCGAGUUCUAUGAGACGCUUCUGGACGAACCGGUCGCCGACUGGUCCGUGUCGGAUAAAACCUGGGCGGCCAAGAUGUUUGAUGGCGAGCUGGACGAUCUGUUUGGCGGGUAUAUUGCGGAAGAGGAGUUUCUGUCGCUGGGAUUGUACAGGACGUUGGCUGAAGAGAAAGUGCGCUGGAGCGGCUGA